AUGGCAAAGCGUUCACCGUUCUCGUUGACGGAGCUCAAUUCGGAAUCAUCUUCUUCGGAUUUCUUCUCUCAAACCUCUUCUCGUCUCCCCGACGACACUGUUUUCUUCUCCAUAUUCCCUGACUCCUCCCUCUCCGCCGCAGGAUCGGAAGCAUCCGCUGCUCUUCAAUCACUUCACCUGGAAAUAAUCGAUUUCGUUUCGCCGUUUACUUCUCCCUACAUAUGGCAGCACGAGCCUUUCUCCCUCUCCAUAGCUCACUCUUCCUCUUGUGCUUGUACCGAUACUGCGAUGCCUCAUCUCCACGGGAAGCUGAAAUAUGGCGACAAUCUAGAAGACGAGUGGUUCGCUGUGUUCCUUCUCUUCCGCAUUUCCGCCGCGUUUCCGUCUAAUUCCAUCCGUGUGUGGGACACUGACGGCGAGUUUCUCCUAAUCGAAGCUGCCUUUCACCUCCCGCGUUGGCUCAAUCCCGAGACGAGUCUCAAUCGCGUCUUUAUACGCGGCGGUGACCUCCACAUUGUUCCCCGGAGCCGCAUCCCGGAUCCUUCCUUAGUUGCGUCGUUGCGGUUUCUCGUCGAGCGUAGCCACGAAGCUCGCGCGUCGGAUUCAGUCCAAUCCGCGUUGAAGAGCCGGAUUUCGGAUUAUCCCGAACGAGCGUGGAGGAAUAUGCACCGUGUAAGGGUUAGGGUUCCGACGUCGGUGGCGCAGGUGCUCAAACACGAGCCUUUCUUAAUCUCUCUUGCAGUGGAAGGGUUUUACGAUCGCGAUGUGGAUUCGAUGAAACACGCAGCGAAGAUGGAGAAGUUCCUGAGCAAAGGAAGAGAGCAAGAGUUGGUGCUCGUGCUUGUCAAAAUGUCUCGUGCAAUGUACGCACAGCUCGUGCAGCAGAAGUUUCAGGCGCCGAAUUGUUACCCAAUGCCGAGCAUUAGCGACCGGGAGGCUUACACUGAAGCUGAGCUUGGGAUGAAAAUAGCUUGUGGCAUGGAAAUGAUGUAUCAGGAGAGGAAGAAAGACGGUGAAGAUGGGAAAGGGAUAAGCUGGAGCAAGUACAAGGACAAUCUUGAGAAGAAGGGUUAUUUUGAAGGAUUGCUUUCUGGUUCCAAGGAGUACAAGAGGCUGAUGGAGAAUGCUGAGGAGUAUUACCACAAGAGCUCUUCGUUUUCAAGAACAAGAGACAUUAUGAGUGCGCCGGUGAGACGCAUUGAUGAGAUUCUUGGUUUACCGUAUUCAGAGGACGACUUCAAGGGUCAGGAAGUUGCUGUUUCUGACAAUGAUUCGUGGCUCUACGAUGGUGAGGAUGAGUUAAACUCUGUUCUUCAAGAGAGGCAGAAGGAGAUGGAGUUUUACAACUCGGAGAAGGAAAGAAAACAGAAAGCAAAGGGGAAGCAAGAAGCCGGAAGCUCAUCUGAUGCAAACAUGAACAGCUUUGAUCUCGGUGAUAUCUCAAAGUCGAUGCAACAGUUUAUGCAGAAGGUAUCAAGCUACAAAGGAGCAGAAGUGCCAGAAAACAGGGAUUUCAAAGAAGUCGACCUAGAUGUAGACCGUUUCAUGAAGGAUAUUGAGUCAAUGCUAGGAAGCCAAGGUCAGCGUGAACAAGCUGAUGAUGACAGCGAUGGCUCUGAAGGAUCUUCAAUGGACAUGGAUUUUGAUGACAUUGAAGAUGAUAGCGAAGGAGAAGAGUCUAACGAGGAGGAGGCGAAGGAAAGCUUUAUGGAAACUUACUCUGGAGCAAUGAACGAGGAACUGAAAAACUCAACUCUUGAGAAAAGCUUUGAACAUGUUAAUCAACCUUCUUCUAAGCAGAACGAGGAAUCAUCAAAGGGUUUAGACGAGGAGGAGUUUACACCUAUUGAUGCUGAUUUCAACCUUGUAAAGAACCUACUUGAAUCCUAUGCUUCACAACAAGGACUUCCUGGUCCUGCUUCCAAUUUACUCGGCCUCAUGGGCUUGCAACUUCCCAAGGAUUCUAACGACAAAGAGUGA